CCCAGCUUCCUGGCGCUGCUUAUGAUGGAGGUGGACCAGUUUGCGCUCACAGCCCUCACCCUGGACAUGCUGGCUGCUGAGGACCUGGAGACCCCCGUGGACCUCUUGAUCUUCAACCUCACUUCUCUCUGGCCCAGUGACCCGCGGCAGCAAGGCUUCCUGCUCAGCACCGAUGACCCCAGUCGCCCCCUCGUUGCCUUCUCGCAGCAGGAGGUGAGAGAGCUGAAGAUUGCCUACCAGCCCCCUACCCUGGACUCGGACCAGGAGCGGCUUUUCCAGGUGGAAAUGGAAGUGCUGGACCCUGACGGCGCCUCCUCAGAGCCUUUUGCUUUCAUGAUUCUGGUAAAGCCCAUGAACACAUUGGCCCCGGUGGCCACUUUCAAUCGUGUGGCGGGCCCACAGCUGAUGCUCUUUGAGGGCCAGUCACGGCCCCUGUCUGGCAACUUGGAGAUCAGUGAUGAGGACAAUCUGAAAGAGGUGAAGGUCUGGGUCACACGGGGCUUGCGAUACGGGAAGCUCAAGGUACUUGGUGUACCGCCCAGCUGCAAGUACUUCACUGCUGCAGAGUUAGCAGCAGGGCAGGUGGUUUACCAGCACGAUGGCAGUGAGCACAGCUACAGUGACAACAUCGUUUUCCGCAUGGCAGAUGGGCAGCACCAGGUCGAAUUUCUGUACCCCAUCACCAUUGCUCCUGAUGAUGAUCAGCCACCGCUGCUGAAUGCAAAUAUGGGGCUGGUGCUGAGUGAGCACCAGACUGUCCAAAUCUCACCUUUUGUCCUCAGUGCCACAGACAUUGACUCUGAUGACACCUCUAUCCGAUUUGUCCUGGUUGGGGACUCUGCAGUGUCCCUACUACACUCCCAUCACUUUGGUGAGCUGCUGCUGCGUCAGGCAGAGCAACCAGCAUCUUACAAGAGCAAAGAAAGCGGAGCAGGGUUGGAGAGUGACUCCUCUUCCUUCCCCUGGCACUUUGUGGAGGAUGAACAUGUGUAUGAGAGGGUGGUGAACGAGUGGCUGCAGCAGGACAUCCUCGAUGGGAGGCUGUUCUUCAGGCACACGGGAGCUCACAGCGCCAGCCCAGUGAUGGGCCGCAUUGUGUUCCAGCUGCAGGAUGACAACGACCCCCCUAACCGGUCAGGGGAGCAUGUGCUGACUGUCAAAGUCCAACCGGUAGACAGCCUGCCACCUGCACUGUACCCAGGUACUAGCCUGCAGAUGACAGUGCAGGAAUACCAACUGACUGUCUUUGAGAAGCACUAUUUACGGUACACUGACCUGGAUACGGAUGACAGGGAGCUGAAGUACACUUUACUGACACCCCCAACAGACACAGAUGAGAACCGUGCUGUGGUCACUGGAGAGAUUGUCUUGGCUGACAGUCCCGAGACAUCCAUUACACGUUUCACCCAAGCCCAGGUCAACCACCACAAGGUAGCAUAUCGACCCCCGGAUCAGGAGCUGGGGAUCACACCACGGGUGGUUCAGUUCACAUUCCUUGUAGAGGACUCAGCUGGCAAUUCUUUACAAGGUACCUUUACUCUCUUCCUGCAGCCAGUGGACAACCAGCCACCUCAGAUCACCAAUACAGGCUUCACUGUGCUUGAGGGAAACAGUUUUCUUGUCACAAGUAAUCAACUGGAUGCUACAGAUGAGGACACGUCUGCAGACCAGAUUGUCUUCACUGUAACUCAAGCUCCGGAGCAUGGCCAUCUACGUUAUCUGGAGGAGGGUCUGAUGGUGCAAGGGGAAUCUUUCCUGCUAGAUGAUAUUGCUGGUGGGCGCGUCUCCUACAAGCACAGCGGCGAUGAGUUUGCCAGUGAUUCUUACCAGUUGGAAGUGAGUGAUGGAGUCCAUCAUGUGCCAAUCACAGUCAAGAUUGCUGUGCAGCCUGUGGAUGAUGAAAACCCAAGUAUCGCUCUCCCUGGUGGUCAGAGGCAGGUGGGAGCAGCCAUUGAUGUCCUGGAAAAUGGUGCUACUCAAAUUACUACGUCACUUAUCCAGGGUACCGAUGAGGAUACAGAUGGCUUGGUGCUGACCUUCAUUGUGCAGGAUCCACCCAAGCUGGGUGACAUCCUUGUGGAUGGAGUGCAAUCAGAAAAGUUUACCCAGCAUGACCUCAUCAGUGGAGCAGUAGCCUACGCUCACACCAGCGGAGAGAUUGGCUUGAAAAAGGGGUAUGAUUCCUUCAAUCUCACCAUUUCUGACCUCUCCAGUGAACGGGUGGUGGGAGGCAGCACAGUACAAAGGGUGUGUGUGGCUGUAACUAUAUUGCCUGUGGACAGCGUUGCACCUGAAGUGAUGGUUGUGGCAGAGCCACUCAGUGUCCUGGAGGGAGGGAAGAGUACUUUAACUCUGGAUCAGCUGGAUGUGGAGGACGUAGAUACUCCCAGAGAUGACAUCUUGUGCAUUGUCACAGUUCAGUCCACUUCAGGAUAUUUGGAAAAUGUCUCUCCAGCCCCAGGGUCCGAGAAGUCUAGAGCUGGUACUGCCAUUAGUGCUUUUUCCAUCAAAGAUGUUCGUCUGGGCCAUGUCAACUAUGUGCAGAGCAUUCACAAAGGGGUGGAGCCUGUGGAGGAUAGAUUCACUUUCCGGUGCUCUGAUGGUGUUAACUUCUCACCUCACCACUUCUUCCCCAUUGUCAUCAUCCCCACCAACGAUGAAAAGCCGGAGCUGUUUGUGCGUGAAUUCAUGGUGCUCGAGGGGAUGAGCCUGGUGAUUGACACCCCCAUCCUCAAUGGAGCCGAUGCAGACAUGCCUCGAGAUGAACUGCGUUUUGUUAUUGCUGUCCCUCCUAAGCAUGGGCAGAUUGUGCAGCAGCUGUCCACAGGCACUGUGCCUAUUCACAGCUUCACCCUGGAGGAGAUCCAGGAGGCUUCCAGCAUUGUGUAUGAACAUGAUGACUCAGAGACGAAAGAAGAUAGCUUCCAAAUUCAGCUGACUGAUGGACACCACACAGUGGAGCAGAACGUACCGAUUAUGGUGAUCCUGGUAGAUGAUGAGACCCCCAGGAUGGCAAUCAACAAUGGUCUGGAAGUAGAGAUUGGCAAGUCAAAGGUCAUCUCUAGUCAAGACCUUAAAGCCACAGACAUCGAUUCAGAGGACAAGAGCCUUGUUUAUGUCAUCCGUUUGGCACCUGUGCAGGGUUUCUUACAGCAUCUGAACAGACAAGAGGAGGUGCUGUGCAACAUUACACAAGGCACAAACUUCACACAAGAUGAUUUAGACCAGGGUUUUAUCCGCUAUGUUCAUACUGGCCUACAUGGAGUGCGUGAUCUGAUUAAAUUUGAUGUUACUGAUGGUAUUAAUGCCUUGAUAGACAGAUACUUCUAUAUUACCAUUGGUGGCACUGAUAUGAUCUUCCCUGAGGUGAUCAACAAGGGUGUGACUCUGAAAGAAGGUGGAAAGGUGACACUCACAACUGAUCUGCUCAGCACAAGUGAUGUUAACAGUCCUGAUGAAAAUUUGUGUUUCAGUGUCACCCAGUCCCCGACCCGGGGCCGUCUAGAGAAUUCAGACAGUCCUGGAGUACCCGUUGUUUCCUUUACUCAACUCCAACUUGCUGGCAACAAGAUUUACUACAUUCACACUGCAGACGAUGAGGUAAAGAUGGACAGUUUUGAGUUUGAAGUGACAGAUGGGUAUAACCCGGUCUUCCGUACCUUCAGGAUCUCCAUCACAGAUGUGGACGAUAAAAAGCCAGUUCUAACUAUUGGUGACCUGGUUGUUGAGGAAGGGAAGACUAGGCUGAUCACCCCUUUUGAGCUGACCGUGGAAGAUGGGGAUACGCCUGACCAUUUACUCCUAUUCACGGUCACUCAGGUUCCAGUGCAUGGCCAGAUUUUGUACAACAGCAGCUACCCAGUCACCAGCUUCACCAAACAAGACUUGAAUGAGAAUCUUAUCAGCUACAGACACGAUGGUACAGAAACCGGCCAGGAUAGUUUCUCCUUCUCUGUGACUGAUGGGACCCACACAAACUUUUAUGUUUUCCCUGACACUAGCAAGGAGAUCCAUCAACCUCAGAUGAUGAGGAUUCAGAUCAGUUCACUGGACAACAGAGUGCCACAGUUAGUGGUGAACAAGGGUGCCCCUACUCUGAGAAGACUUCCAGCUGGGCACCUAGGCUUCCUGAUCACUAGUAAGGUGCUAAAGGCAGAGGAUCGAGACAGUCCACACAAGCUGUUGAAAUACAAAAUAACAGAUGGGCCGGAGCAUGGCUUCAUCAUUAAUACUGGCCUUGGAAAUGAGAGCAUUAGAACAUUUAUGCAAGCCGAUAUUGAUGAAAUGAAGAUCAGCUACAUCCUGAAGGAAGGUGAUAAUGCUACCAGUGACAUCUUCUAUUUCUCCAUUGAAGACAAUG